AUGGCGUUUUUCAGCGUGAUAGCUAGAUUCGUCGCUAGGCGACCUCUCGCUGUGAUGACAGCGACGGUGGGCGUGGGGUUACUGCUCGGGCUCGGCAUGAUACGGUUGAAGGUGGUAACCAAUGUCGAGGACCUCUACACGCCGCAGGGCAACAUCGCUUUCGUACACCGGGAUUACGUGGACAGCGUGUACGGCUACGAUCAACUGGACGUGAAGAUCUACGUGACGGGCAAAGGCGGCACGACGGGAAAUGUGCUCACAAAAGACGCGCUACUCGCGCUGCUAGAUGUCUACAACCUCGUUCUCAGCACGAACGCGACGUUCGACGGCUCGACGUUCAGCUACGAGAGCGAUCGCAUCUGCUACAGGCCGGCCGGCGCGGGCACGCCGUGCCAGGCGGCGAGCGUGCUGGACUCCUGGGACUUCGACCGCGCGCGCAUCGAGGCGGACAACGACGUCCUUAAAACGUUCAACCGCCCCUACGUGAUGACGCGGUUCGGGCAGCCCGUGCCGCAGGAAUGGGUGAUCGGGCAGAUGCAGCACGACAACGCGACGGGCAAGGUCACAUCGGCGAACGCGCUCCUGCUCGCGCUCUACCUACAGAACCACAAGCCGGGCCGCGGGAGCAAGGACGUGGAUAAGCACGUCGAGGCGUGGCACCGACUCGCGGUGCUCGGAUCGUACGGCCUGUGUUCGCUCUUCGGAUUAGGAUUCUCGCUGGUUACGCAGUCCCUCGCGCUGUUGCUGCUAGGCCUAGGGACUGACGAUAUGCUAGUGACUCUCGCCGCGCACGACGAAACGAGGAAGGAAAUGGCGGGCUCGUCGAUUUCGGACCGCAUCGUGGUGACCGUGGCGCGCGCGCGGCGCGGGGUAAUCGUCGCCGCGGCGACGAAUUUCGUCGCGUUCUGCACGGGAAUCUCGUCGCAGCUGCCGGCGUUGCGAGACUUUAUGAUUUACGCGGCGGUCGGCGUGAUUCUCGUCUUUAUCUACCAGACCACGUUCUUCGUUGCGUGCCUCACGCUAGACCUGUUCCGCCAGCGGGAAAACCGCAUGGAUGUGUUCUGCUGCGUCGUCAGCACGGCCGGUCCGAACGACGGCUGCUGCCGACGCGAGUACGACCCGGAUAAGCCGGACUUUCUCCACACGGUAUUCGGAGCGUACGUCCCUAAAGUUAUUCUGCAUCCUGUGGGGAAGAUUGUCGUGUUGCUGCUUACAGCGGGGUUGCUCGCGUGGGGAGUGUACGGCGCAGUGCACGUGCGCAACGACUUUAACAUGGAAUGGCUGGUGCCUAAAAACGCGUACGUUUUCAAGGUGUUUGAUGUGCGCCGCGCGACGUUCCCGCGAUCCGCGGGGAAAGGCGCGCUCCCCGUGUACGCGUACACGCGCAACCCUGGAAUUAACGGCGGCGGAAUCGGCGGAAGCGGCGCAACCGGCGGAGGAGCCCCGCUGGACUACUUCAACUACCAGGACGAGCUCGCUGCGCUCAGCGCCGCGCUGCAGGUGCGCGGAGCGGGGAAUGGUUGGGUGGGGAAUGGGGAGGUUUCAAUGGGGGGGGGAAGGGGAGAGGGAAAUGCGCUGUUCUACUCAUGGCUGCACGAGUUCCUGGCGUCGCUGAUGGGUCGGCGGUUCCAGACGGACGUGGUGUUUGCACCGGGCAGCAACGGCACUGUCAUCCUCUCGUCCCGCAUGUUCGCCCUCACCAACGCUCUCGUGUACAGCCAGACUCAGGUUGACGCGAUGGUGUCGACAAGGCAAACAGUGUCAGCAGCAGCGCCGUCCCUGCAGUCGUUUGCCUUCUCCUACUUCUUCAUCUUCUUUGAGGGCUAUGCCGUGCUGCAGCACGACACUGUCCUGGCUGUUGCUAUCGCCGGCGCUGUCGUGUUUGUCAUCAUGCUGCUCGUGCUCGCUGACCUCGCAUGCAGCAUCCUGGUAGCGGCAAUGGUGGCGUUCAUAGGUCUAGAGCUCGUGGGGUUCCUGUACUGGUCGGGCAUGGGGUUCAACUCGGUCACCUCCAUCACAGUGCUGCUCUCUGUCGGCAUUGUUGUUGACUACUCCGCCUUCAUCGCCUUCUCGUUUCUCUCCCAGGUCGGUUCACGGAAUGAAAGAGCGCGCAAGGCGCUAGCCCAUCUGGGAGUGGCGGUGUUCAAUGGGGGCUUCUUCAUGUUCCUGGCGGUGCUGCCCAUGUGCCUGGCGCAGUCCUUUGUCUUCCAGUCAUUCUUCAAGAUGUUUGCCAUGAUCGUCUCCCUCGGCCUCUGGCACGGCCUCUUUGCCCUCCCGGUCAUUCUCUCCCUCGUUGGCCCCCGGCCGUUUGACACCACUGUGGAGAGGUUGAAAGAGCAGGAGGAAGGAGGAGGGAAGGGAGGUUUUGAUGAGGAGGUGUUUGGAGGGCGAGGGGAGGACGAGGAGGGGAUGGGAGGGGAAGAGGGGAGGAUGGAGGAGGGGAGGGGGACGAGUAAGGUGGAUGAGGAGGGGUGUGAGAAGGGACGGUGCAGUGGGGUUGAGUGUGAUGAUGGUAGCAGCCGUGGCAGCUCAGUGGAAAAUGGGAGUGACAGUGAUGGGUUGGGGGGACUGGGGAUGGACAGGGAGAGGAAUGGGAGUGGCAGCACGAGUGUGAGUGGGGGAGGGAGUGGCAGUGAUGGGAGCAGUGAGGGCAGUGUGGAAUGCAGUACGGAGCUGCAGGCUCCGAUGCCCCAGCGGUUUCACGUUUGA